AUGAGUAUAUAAAAUAUUAAAGUACUAUUUGUUGCAUAACCAUGUAAAGAAAUCUAGAGAUCUAGAUCACAGAGUACAAGUAUCUUUCAAGAUUAUCAACUCAACGGAAUCAUCUAGGGUCCACGUUAUGAUGACAGAGGUGACAUCAUCAAGAGAUCCAUUGUUGGAACUGUUGACCAAUUUCAACGAGAAGGCAAGGUCCAAUAGGAUAGCAGAGCGACAGACGAGGAUCUUUCAAUGAUUAAAUCUUUUGUUAUUACCUAAGUCAACAAGAAACAAAACAAAAAGAAAAGAGCAGAACCUGUUCAAAUGAACAAGAUCUCAAAGGAGGAAAUUCUCUUGCACAUUGACAAAGUCCAAAGCAACAUUAAGCUUUCUCAAACUUCACUCAGAACCAAGGAAGAGACUCUGCCCAUAAUUGAGAGAAAUCUAUUAACCAAAUAGAGGAGAAUUUUGGAAUCUUGUGAAGGGUAGUAACAGAAAUGGAACCAUCUGGAGUAGGAAUUAGGGUAUCGUUGUGAUCGUUCUCAUAACAAUACUCUGCUCAGGAGAAGUUAAGGCUUCCGAGAAAAGAAACAAUUAUUGGACUCAUUAAAUCUUAUAUAGAAAGAACCAAAUGACAAGGAAUGGUAUGCAAAAUUGAGAAAUUAUCAAUAAUCAAUUGAACCAAAUGUUGAGAUAAUCAAGAGUGGAAAUCAGGCCAAAUUGUACAGUGACAAAUUCAAGAAUAUGAUCAAUCGGAGGUUAAACAAUAAGUUUUACGACUCUGAUUACCUUGUGGUCAACGGAAAUAGCAAACUGAGAAUGGAAUCCAAAGAGGCCACUGAUCUAAUGAUACUCCCUUAAGAUAUUAUGUAAUAACAAUAACAGCAGGACCAGAAUUAAGAUUUAAAUUAUACCAAUUAUAAUCAGAGAGAUGCCAGUCGUCGAUCUUCCUAUAGAAUAUUUUAAUUAUAAUGA